UGACAUCGCGAGUGUCACAAAAGCGUGACUUGCCUGCAGGUUUGACGUCUGCGCGUUUAUAUGAGCGGCUCUUUGUCUGGGUGCAGCUAGCCACUCACUCAGUCUUCUUCCGCGUCCCCCAAGUCCGGACGCUUUUGCUCUUUGUUUCUCUCUUCCAUGUCGUUCUCGACACAUAGAUCCCCCAAUCAGCGCAAUCGCACUGGCAGGAACCCCAGGCUCCAACGCUCAACAUCGGUCCUUGGCAGGCUAAAAAGUUUGAUCUUCAAUCCGUUCGGAGGUUGGACUGGUUCCGACGUAGAGAAUGAGCAGGGGAAGCGUUUGCGCAAUCAGGACAUAGGAUUUGUCAGUGAUCACGAAAGGGAUGCGGAGCGUAGAGCGAAGCGAAAACGGUUCCACAGCCCGGAGCUCGAGGAUGACCAACUUCACGAGCAGCGAGCUCGUCCCACUACGAAUGGAUUCCUCGAUCCUUCGCACGAGAUGUUCGAUCGGCCGUCCGCAAAUAAAGGUGUCGCUCGAGCAUCGUCAUUAGCAAUACCACCUUCUGUGCCAAAGCACCCCCAGGAGCGACAUGGUCGGUAUUCGUUGUCACCACAGCCUACCGCGUCAUUAAGAGCGGUGAAACCUCACAUUGAGCCAGAACACGCAGAGGGGACAGUGGAUGCAGCUCGUGUCCCCCUUCCUUUGUCUCGCGAUGCCUCUAUGAACGGUAUCUCGGGAGCACCCACACGCGACUCCAAGUCUCCUUCGCGAGCGCAUUUCCGUAUGCGCACGUCGCUGACGCCUCAACCAAGUGGUCAGAGCUUCGGUCCUUCUCGACGUGAGCGAGAACGUUCUGAGCCACCACCUUUGGCUUCACUUGCAUCGAAUCCAGUAUUCGUGAAAGCCCCUCAGCUGCCAACUGUGACUGAAGAGCCUGCAAGAAGCUCGACGGUUCCUCUUGGUGCUCUUCCUCGCAAGGUAUGUCUAGAAUGCACAGAUUCUGAUUAUGCUACUUCAACUUUAAUUAUGCAGAGUGUUCAGCCAGGGCGGCAACGUAGCGUCCUUGCACUGGGACGACAGCCGUCUGAUAUCGAUAUGGCUCCUCGUAAGUUUCUCGCAUUUUCUCGUGUAAGGCUUUGUAAUAACUUUUCCAUAGCUGAACGACCAAUGAGUGCUGCAGAGAAGGCACUUCGACAGCUAGACAUGUACAAAACACCCUUGCUUCCAAGUCGUAUGCGAGGAUCUCCGACGAUUCCUGACGCUUUCAAGCCGAAACCCGUGCAUCCCAUGUCCCUCAUGCACGACGAUCGUGACGAUAAGCCCAGAUUGGGCACUUCGGAGAAACAGAGCGCUAAGAGAAGGUCAGCUAGAGGAAAACCGUACUCAGGUAGUAGUAGUGCGAAGAAACUGCUUGAGCGACGUCGCCAGGAAGAGCAGGAACAGAAGGCAAAGGAGAGGGAAGAGGCUAUUGUGACCGAUGCAGAGGAGGAGGAGGCAAUGAAGACUGCUAAGGCAAAGCCGUCGGAAGAGCUUAGAGAGGAGCGUGUACUACAGCGUCGCGGGUUCACCGUCGCCGCCGGUGGGCGAGAACGGUCGUCCCUUCGAGUCGGACGUACCAAAACAAAUCGUGCAGCUGAACGUCCGGUCUCAGCUAAGCCUAAGCGUGGAUUCUCUGCUGUGUAUGAUGAAGAGGAGUUGGAAGAAACUCUUCUAGAAGAAGAAGAGACACCUAAGUUGCCACCGAUGUUCCAGCCACCCCCGGACUUCAGCUUCGCCAAUGUGAGUAGUCCCGUACAAGUUACUUGCCAGUAUACUAAGUCGCAACUUCAGGCUGCACCUAUCAACCAUGAUGCGACCAAGGCAAAGGAGCCUCCAAUUGCUGCAUUACCAUUCGCUUUGAGCAAGCCUCAAGCACCAGUCAUCACAGCACCCACUCCACCAGUUAGUGCCAAGCCACCUUCUCCCCCCGCAGAAGCACCAGUGAAGGAACCUUCUGUUCCCGUCACGACGGCUGCCGCUGCUGCCCCAGUGUCUGCUCCCGCCCCCUCAACUCCUUUGUUCGCUGCUGUUCCAUCUGUUGCGCUCGUUCCGCCCAGUCCGCCUCCAGCUCCAACUCCGGCGAAGCCUACUGAGACACAGGUUGGUAUACCAGUUUCUGGCACCGGGACUUCCAUCCCAAACUUCUUUGCUAACUCGGCCCUUCUCCAUAAGGCACCUGCGCCGAUCAGCGCGCCGUUUACCCUGUUGACUGGUCCCACAGAAGUGACCACGCCGCAGACAUCUCUGUUUGGAAAACAGCCUGCUGGGCUUGCCGCUGCUGCACCUAUUCAGGAAAAGGUUGAGCCAGCUAUGAAAGAGAAAGUAACCCUCCCAUCAAUGUUUGGCGCGGCCCCUACGACCUUUGGCCCCCCAGCACCGCCUGCCGCAGCGGCUCCGACGCCUACUACUACUAGAGCAGAGCCUACUCCAGCAGUGCCAUUCUCGUUUGGAGCACCAAAGCCUGCUGAAGCAGCUGCUCCUGCAGUUCCGUCAACAUUCAGCUUCGGGGCCCCUCCCAAGGCACCAGAGCCGACAACGAAGCCUGCACUGCCGUUUAGUUUUGGUGCACCUGCCAAACCAGCAGAACCUCCCUCUGCGCCUUCACCGUUGCCAUUCACUUUUGGCGCACCGAAGGCAGAUGUCACCGUCAAGGAACCAGAAGCGAAGCCUGCUGCUGGCCCGUCACCCAUGUUUGGCACUGCACCAGUUACUUCGGCAUUCGGUGCCCCUGCUGCCUCUGCCCCUGCGGCACCUGCGACUACUGAACCACCCAAGCCAACUUUCGCAUUCGGACAACCAGAGGCGCCGAAGCCUCUCUUUGGUACUGGUGCUCCUGCGUUCAGCUUUGGACAGCCAUCUGCGCCGGCAGCGGCUCCUUCGAAGGCGCCAUUCACUUUCGGGCCUCCUACUGCGGCAACGACAGAGACUAAGCCUGCUUUUGUCUUUGGUGGUACGCCGUCUCCUGCACCUCCCUCUGCAGGCGUAUUUGGGGCACCAACCGCUGCGACUACUGGAGCGGCAGCUGCAACCAAACCAUUCACCUUUGGACCGACCACACCCGCCAGACCAGUGACACCUCCGCAGAAGGAUAACGAGAUGUCGAUGGACGAAAGCCCAACGCGGGGCAACGCUAUGGAGUUGAAUGGGAAUGAACAACUCAAGGCGCCUAGUGCAUUCUCGUUUGCUCCAAGUCCUACCUCUCCAUUCGGCCAGCCACCUCCUUCUGCUGCAGGUCCGGCACCUUUCAUGUUUGGUGGUACACCGGCACAUCCUUUUGGUGCGAAACCAGCGGAACAAAAACAGGCCGAAAAACCUGCUACAGCGUUUGGCAGCUUUGGACAAGCUGCCGCCAGUCCAUUCUCGUUCGGUCCCAAGCCCUCAGAGUCUGCGCGACCAGCGACAUCCUCAGGUGCAUUCAGCUUUACCCAGCCUCCCCCAAUCAAUACCUCACCUUUCGCUUUCGCAGCUCCUUCCACUAGCACUAGUGCCUUCGGAGCACCGUCGCCGACUUCAGCAUUCGGGUUCGGCACUACGACGCCAACAUCUACCACUGCUCCGUCACAUCCGUUCACAUUCGGCAGCCAGCCAGCUUCUCCUGCAACCGCCCAUGCAGGUCUCCCUCAGACUCCCGCCGGCGGUUCAGCGUUCACCUUUGGUGGACCUCCUUCCGCGACUACGACAGCUGCACCUGCCUCUCCCUUUGGAGCGCCCCCGGCAUUACCCUCAGCACCUACUACGCCUCUGUUUACUGUCGGGUCUGCACCUCCAGCCACACCAACUGCUCCCGGUCCAACUGGUCGAAUUCUCAAGAAACUUCCCAGUCGCCGUGGCGGCAAGCGAUAAUCGUCGUUCGAUAAAAGUUCGAACUUUCUACUGAAUGCUGUUCGCCACGGACACAUACUUUGAUUCAUUCUUCUUUCCGUGAUCUAUCCUCUCUGGUUACCCGAUCAUCAAUCCCGCUUGCAUCUUUUCUGUUUUACUCUCUCAAUCUCUCAAGUCCAACAUCAUGACAUCGAUAGUGCACUCAGGCUCAAGGCCUCAUCAUUAUAGCAUCACUCUCAGGCUUAAGGCCACUCAUUCCCCACAUUGUUUUCAGGUAGUUUUUCUCUCGGGCUGAAGGCCUAUGCAUUGCGUAUUAUAUUUGCACGCGGAAUGUGCGUAGGUGGUAGUAUCUAGCAAAUAGCUAUAGCUGUUUGAUUAGUAGUAGGUAGGUCCCAUUCUAGAUCAUUGCUGUUAUACAGAGGCAUCCAUAUGUAUCUCGAGUGGUGAAGAUCCAAAACCGUCCAUACAUACUGUAUGUGAAUCAAGUUGCUUUAGCAAGUAUCUUCUUGAGAUUGAUAUUCUGUUUCUCCAACACUUCAAUCUUGUUUUCCGCUGUGUGCAUGUUCUUCAAGAGAUGUUCUCUCCUCUGCUUUACAGCGAAACUUGGUCCCCACCA